UCAGUUUUGAUUUAUAUCUUUGCCUGUGAAUUAAAUAAAAAUUGUUGUUAUAAAUUUUGUAAUUGAAAAUUUUAUAAGUUGUUUUUUACAAUCUUGACUAAGUAUUUUGAAACUACUAAGGCAGAAUAAGGAAACUCGGAAAAUAUAUAACUUGCAAGGCGGCGUCAAAGAACCAAUAUUCUCAUAAAAUUCGAAAAGCAAAAAAAAAAAACACAAGAGAACAACAGAUUGAGGAUCGCUAGUGAAGAAAUCAAGAAAGCGCCAAAUCUUUCACAGCCUAAGUAUUGCUAAAAAAGUAUCAAGUUUUUAGCACACUUGCAAUACUCAAACGACGCCCAACGAUGUCCAACGGCGCUCUGCCAAAGAUCAAGACAUCCAAAUCAUCGCUGAAGAGCAGCGAAUGUCGCGAAGAGGCGAAAGUACAAAACUCCAAUAGCGAAUUCUCAUUUGAGCUGAAACCGAAACCGAAAUUGACUUGCAUACCGGAAAAUUGUAGUCAAUUCUUUAGCGAUUUGCGUGAACCAUUUUGCAGAAAAACACAAUCGCUGAAUGUGUCCAAGAAGACGGAGGUGCCGGAGAAAUCGUGGUCCGUUUUGUUUAUCGGCUCGAAGAGUAAUCUGCAUGCCAAAAAUCUCAUUAUGUAAAUGCGACGCAUGGGAAUGGAGAUGUCAUACACCCAAACAAGCUUUGACUAACUCACUUGUUGCGGAGGAGUUCUCUGCGUGAACUCUGGAAGCUAAUGAAAAUAUUUUUCCUUUCAAAAAUUAUCGCUUGU